ACUUCCACCUCCUCAACCACCGGCGAAGGCUAAUGGGACUGCAACACAUAUUCCCAAGAAGUUGACAAGUGACAAUAAUACAAAAAAGGAAAAAUAAAACAUCAGGGGCCAGAGACUGAAAGAAAAGAAGAUAAACAGACAGAGAGAGAGAGAGAGAGAGAGAGAGAGACAGAGAGAGAGAGAGAGAGCUGAAGAGUGUGUGAGUGAAGAAGAGAAGAAAAGAAAAUGCCGAGUAGCAGAUUUGCAGGUUCUUUAUCAACCCCCAAAAUUGAUGUGGCAAUCGACAUGGGCAAUCCCUUCCUCAAUCUCACCGUCGAUGGUUUCUUGAAGAUCGGAACUGUUGCAGCUGCUAGAGUUCUUGCAGAGGAUGCAUACUAUGUGGUUAAACGAGGGAAUAUUUCCACUCGCAAUUUUGAGCACACGCUCAAAAAGAUGUGCAAAGAAGGUGCUUAUUGGGGAACUGUCGCUGGGGUUUAUGUUGGAAUGGAAUAUGGAAUGGAGAGGAUUCGUGGCACCCAUGACUGGAAAAAUGCCAUGCUUGGGGGUGCAUUGACUGGAGCUCUGAUAUCUGCUGCCAGUAACAGGAACAAAGACAAGAUUGUGACAGAUGCCCUCACAGGAGGUGCCAUUGCAACUGCUGCAACAUUCCUUAACUAUCUCACUUAAAUCAGCGAAGCUUGAAUUGUUCCUAAUAUCUUUGGCAAAUUGCGAGGCAUUAGAUGUCAGUGGCAUCAUUUUCCUUUCAUCAUAAAUGUAGAAUGCCAGAGUAAUCAUAAAUGUUCCAUAUUGUAGAAUGUUGAGCUCGACUGCGGUUAGUGGAAUGAAUUUGUGCUAUCUAUAUGCUA